GCGCGACGACGCCAGGCAGAGCAGGAUGGCAGUGUCGGCAGGAGCCAAGAAGGCGGGGACCGACGCGCUGCGGGCCGCUGGUGCUGACGUUACGGACGACGACGUCGCGAGCCUCGUCCUGAAAGUGAGGACGACGCUGAACGCGGGGCGGGCCCCCCGUUCGAAGCUGGAAGAGGCAAGACGACUGGAGGCAGCGCUGGACCCGGUGGCCAUCCGCCUGGCGCUGGGGAACCCGGAGGUCCCGGGCUCUGAGAUGGCCGAGGCCCUCUGGGGGUUCACUGAGGCCGCCACGUACGCCACGCAGGCGGAGAGCCGGAUCAGGAGAGUGGCGGCCGACACCGAUGGCUGGGAGAAGAUCGCGGAUCGGAUCUGGGCCCGUGCAGUCGGCGACGACGGCGGCACGCUGCCCACCGACUGGCUGCUGCACCUGGGCAUAGGGUUCCUCCUAUCCAGCCUGGUGGUGGUGCUUGGGGCCGACUCCGGGCGGCACCGCCUGGCAGGCGCUGUUGUGGGGCUGUGUGGCACCGUCCUGCUAGUACGGCGCGUGCCCGAGCGUGUGGUUGCCUGGUGGGCACGCUGGAGGCGGCGCUCGGCCUUCGCCGCGGCGCUGAGGAGCGGCGGGGACGGCCUGGACCUGACCGCCGCCGAGGACGACUGCGCGGCCUGGGACGCGAAGGGGGCCCCGACGACCAAGGGGGGUGGCGCGGGGGCCACGGAGGUUCCUACUGGCCCGCUGCACCCCCCGGGGCUGGCAGCGCUGCCGCCGUCGCCGUGGGCCCCACCUGCCGAAGGCGUGGGCGGGGGCGCCCCGCCAGCAAAGCCCGGCUCGCAGGACCUGGCGGCGCUGCGGGCGUUCGGCCAGGGGUCCGAGGUAGGCGUGCCAACGUCGGGGCUCAGCUUCCACGCGCCCCAUGCUCCUGCAGACGCGGUGAAGCUAGGGCGCGAGGUCCAGAUGGUGGGCGCCACGCUGCGCGAGUUCCAGGCGCAGGCGGCCACGAACGUGUACUGGGCCUGGCACUUCUGGGAGAGAAUCGCGGCGGUGGAUGGCUCCAUGGGGCUGCAUCCUGACCUCCGUCGCGUGCUGCAGACCCACGGCUACGUGGGCGCAGGAACGAAGUCCCCGCCAGGUGGUUCGCUGCAGCAGGAGCUGGACGCGCUGCUCUCCUCCGCCACAGCGCCGCACGGCGGGGGCAUGCACGCCUCCCCUGGGUGGGCCGUGGCCCCGGUGACCCAGCAGCAGCAGGAGGACAGCCGAUGGAACCUCAGCCUCCCGCCGGACCUGCGGCGCGCGGCGCCGGAGAUCUACCGCACCAUGCGGGGCGCUGGGGCGGCUAGCGCUCGCGACUGGCUGUCGCAGGAAGUGACGGGCCAGCGACGCACGGCAGUUUGGACCGACCUGUGGACUGCCGCCACCAACGUGGACUACUUGCUGGGCGGGUGCAGGACCCAGUCCGAGCUGCUCACCCGCCUGGCGUCCGACGAUGCGCUGGAGCUGCACCUGGGGCGGCUGGCGAGCUACGUCUACGAGAUGCGGACGAAGGACAAGGUGGGUGCGGCGGCCAUGUUGGCCGUGCGCCCGCCCGGGUCGGCCGCCGACUUGGCUCCCGCGUGGCUGGUGACCGAGGCCGCGACCCGCAGCAAGGCUGAGCACCAGCGCGACGAGAGGGUCCACGCCGCCAGCAAGCGCGACAACCGAGGUGCCCCGCGGCCGCGGGUGCAGCCUAGAAUGCCAGUGACGGGUUUGCCUGGCUCGCUGACGCGGGCCCUGCAGUGGAAGGAGGCCGAGGCCAGGUUGAGGACGCGCUGGGCUCGGCGCAUGCGUGCGCGGCGUCGGGCCUGUGGGCUCAUCGAGCUCAUGAACGGGAUGGGCCGCGGAUCCCUGGAGGCGAGACCAGCGGGCCAGCGUGAGCCGAGCAACGACGACAUGAUGCUGGCCUGGCAGCUCGUGCAGCAGUGUGCGUUACAGGACGCAGCGCGGUACGAGCGCGACUGCCGGGGGCUUGCCCCGACAGGCGGUCAAGGGGCGGAUCUUGCCUGCGACCGAGGACCGCAGGAUGCCUACACAGGAGAGCGCAAGGGUGCGAGCAGGCAUGUGAUGAUGUGCGCCGCGGCAGUUGCAGAACCCCCCGACGACAUGGUCGUGGACCUGCUGGAGGCGCUGCCUGACGGCGAGCGCCAGUACUACUCGGACGAGCUGAACGUUCUGGACUACAGCGGCAAGUCGGGGGUCCUCUUCGAGGAGCUGGAGGAGCGUUUCGCCUUCGUGGGGGGCUCGACGUCCGAGUGCGCCCGCUACAUGAUGCGGGCCGAUUUGCCGAAGGACAUGUGGACGUUCGAGGGCCCCAACGACGUCCAGGCCUACUGCGGGUUCAGCUGUGUGCCCAAGAAGGGCCCCACCAAGCAGCGGAAGGUCCUGAUGAUGUGUGCCAGCAACUACGUGUGGGCCGACCCCCACCAGCGCGGAGACCACGGGAUGCACGGCGGAGCGGCCAUCGCCUCCAUGUGCGCCCCGACGGACGAGUGGGGCGUAGCAGCGUUCGACGAGGACAACGCCUUCACCCGCCUCCGCGUCCCCGCUUGGAUGGCCAAGUGGCAGGCUUGCCCGCCGAUCCGCGCCUGCUGGGCGCGGGGGGAACUCAGCCAGCGCUUGCGCGACUUGGUGGGGCCGACGGGCUGGAUAGCCCCCUGCUACCACCGCCUGGCCAUGGGCGGCUCGCGCUCCGUGCGCCUGCUCAUGACGGUCAACAUGGCGAUAAUCGGCAGGGCGCUGCUGGGCGUGGGCGCUCGCUUGGGGGCGCUCGCGGGCGCCGCGGAGCCCGCCGAGGGCGGGGCCAGCGGUGCGCCGCGCGCCUCGCCGCCCGAGGACGGGGGGCUGGAGGCGGACGACCUGGGGGAUGCCGGACCUGAGGACGCUCAGCAGCAUCGCUACGACGACGACUGGCUCGGGCAGCAGUCCAGCUGCCGUGCCGCGCCGCCUAGCCCGUCGGGCUACAGCGUGGCGGAGUGGCUAGAGGCGGUGAGGCGGGCGAAGCGGGACGACGAGCGUGCGAUGGUGACGGCCGAGGGCAAGUUGGCCGACGGCACCUUCCGCACGAGCCCGCUGGCCCAGUGCCCCGAGGGGAUGUGCGAAGCGCUGGGCGCUUUGAUUGUCCAGACCCUGGCCAUCUUCGAGCAGACCGGUCUGGGCGGCACCGGGUGGCGAAGGCCGCCGGAGGCCGACAGGUCGGUCACCGCCUGGAGCUCGCGGAGCACUACGGCAACAGCGGUGGCCGUGCGGAACGAGGACGUGCUUCGCGGCCGUGGGCUGGUGCUGGACGGGCCGCAGAUGGCCGGCUUCGUGGUCACCGACCGCACGGAGGCUAGCGACAUGCAGAAGGUGCUGAGCUACGCGCCACAGGCGCGCCCAGCGCAGCUGCGCUUGCCCCCGGAGAGGGCGCGGGAGCUGGUGCGGCAGCUGGAGGAGAUGGGCGCCACCCGCGCCCUCCACACCGAGGAGCUGCGCUCGCUCUUGGGGGUGUGGAUCUGGGGCGCCCUGCUUCGGAGGGAGCUACUAUGCAUGCCCAGCGCCGUCUUCAGGCUCCUGGAGAGGCACCCGCACCAGCGGGUGUGUACCUGGGCGACCGUCCGCAGGGAGCUGCGAGCUAUGGCGCAGGUAGUCCCGUUGAUGUACGCCGACCUGGGAGCCCCGCCAGCCCCCGUGUAUUUCGCGGCGGACGCCAUGGGCGCCAACGUGGAGGACGACGGCGGCUGGGGCAUACUGGUGACCGACAUGAGCGAGGACAUCGCGAAGGACUUCAUCGACACGGGCGGCAACUUGGGUUACACCGUGGCGCGGCUGGACGGCGAGCUCACUGGACUGCGACGGCCCGAGCAGGUCAUCCGACGGACGAAGCCCUUCAGCCUCCUGCCGGAUCGCGUGUUCAAGCCCGACGAGGACUGGACGAUCGUGGGCGCGGGGAGGUGGCGGACGGCCGACCACAUCGCGCUGGGCGAGGGGCGCUGCGUCGUGAAGAUCAGUAGACUGGCGGCCGCCACUCCGGCCCUCCACCGCACCGUGCUGCCGAUCCUGGAGGACAACCAGCCAGUCUCAGGCGCGGUAUGCAAGGGCAGGAAGCUGGACAGCACUUCUGUUGAGAAGGUUAAGCCGCACACCCUGGCGGCUUACAGGGCAGCGGCUAUGAAGUUCGUGACCUACCUGGACGAGCACGGCUUCGUCCCCGACGGGCCCGAGCAGUGGGGCGACCUGCUUGUCGAAUACAAGAACGACAUGCAGAUGACCAAGUGCAAUUUCGAGUACGCCGUCGCGGCGGUGGACAUCAAGGAGGCAGGACGGUGGCUCACGGAGUCCAGCCUCCGCAUCUACGUGGACGUUGUCACCGCCUCCAGGGUCCUGGCUCAGGCUGAGCAGCGAGGAAUCGCACCGCUCAUCCGCGAGGCGGCCGAGAAGCUGCCCAACUACUUCCCGGAGGACAUCUUCGGCGAGGGUCAGGGCAUCCAGCAUGCCGCCAGCGGGCUGGCGCAAGGGCCAGCACCCCGAGCGGCGCCAGCCCAGCCGCCUGCGCCAGCACUAGGCGCACUGGUGGAUGGGCUGCUGGCGGGCCCGCAGCAGCCGGGGGAUGCAGCAGCGGGCGCGGGCGCGGCCGAGGCCGAGGCGCCGGCGCCAGCGGCCCCUGGCGUGGCAGCACUGGGGCCCCCGCAGCCGCUGGUGGCGCAGCCGCUGGCAGCGGGCGCGGCCGCGGGGUUGAGACGCGCGCGCUGGAGCAAGUGGUCGCUGCUGCGCGCGGCCUGGCUCAUCGCAAGGUGGUGCGGACGAUCAACCUCGCGAGGAGUGACGUGGGCGGCGGUCGCCGCGAUGCUGAUCGGGUGGCGCUACAUGGCCGGGCCGCUGACCCACGUCGGGACCAUGAUGGGCGCCGUGGCCAGCGUAUCUGUCUCGGCAGGCAAAGUGGUCGACAGCAGCCUUGGGGCAGUCAUCACGGCGGCACAAGGCGUGUCAGACUUCGCCGCGACGUCGCCCCGCAGCUCGGCGAGCCUCCUGCAGGAGGCCUGGCGCGGAGUGGACAUCACCAACCUUCACGUCCGCCAGCGCCACGCCGAGCGGCUCGCGGACGACCCCGAGAUCUUGCAGGAUUGGAUCCAGCGCGAGUUCCUGACAGGCGAGCCCCGACCGCCUGGAGCCGAGCAGGUCGCCACCGCGAUCGCUGAGGCUUCGGUUGCCAUACCUCACGUGUCGGAGAGAUGGCAGAUAAUGAUCUGGCCCAGUCAAUACCGCGAGCUGCACAUGACACUCGACCUGCUGCCGUCAGGUUUCUACGGAGUCCAUAUGGUCGAGCGAAUCGUGAAUUUCUCGGUCCAGUGGAGCAACCCAGUGUGGAGUAGCCUCGACUGUGACAUCAGCUCUGAGAGAGAUACAGUCGUGGCUCACAUCAACUCCACUUUGGCAGGGCUCCCGCUCCCCGAGAUCCGCUACAUGUCCAUGACUGAUCGUGAAAUCCAAGUCGCCAGGCUCCCAG